AUGUCCCUAUCCUCAGUCCCAGCACGGCUCACUCUCCUAGCCCUCCUUUCAGCCACCACCUUCUACUGUUUCUACAAAUCACGCCGCCUCAAGCAACUCAAACUCUCCCUAAACCCUAACCCUAGCUCUUCUCCUCGCAAAGGCAAGCUCUUCUUCAUCUCCCAAACGGGUACCUCCAAAGCCCUAGCUCAUCGUCUGCUCGAUCUUCUCACCUCCAACGGCCUCGGUUUCGACCUCGUCGACCCCAAUCACUACGAGCCCGAAGACCUCCCUAAAGAGACCCUCGUCCUAAUCAUCGCUUCGACCUGGGACGAUGGGAAGCCGCCGGCGAACGCCAAGUUCUUCUCCAAUUGGCUCGCUGAGAGCGCGGAGGACUUCAGAGUGGGAUCACUGUUGCUCUCUAAUUGCAAAUUCGCGGUCUUCGGCGUCGGAAGCCGAGCCUAUGGCGCUACGUUCAAUGCGGUGGGAAAGGACGUAGCAAAAAGGAUGAGGGCGUUGGGCGCUGUUGAGAUAUUUUCAAUUUGGGAAGGUGAUGUGGAUGGUGGUGAUAUAGACGAGGUCUUUGAGGCUUGGAGUGGGAAGGUGCUGAGGUUUUUGAAGGGUGGUGUGGCUGAAAAUGGUGGGGUUUUGAGUAAUGGGGUUGGUGCUGAAUGCGAAGCUGAGAGUUUUGAUGGGUCAGACGAGGAUGAUGAGGAGGAAGAUGAUUUGGAGUCAGAGGUUGUUGAUCUUGAGGAUAUUGCAGGUAAAGGACCUUCAAGAAGGAGGACAGUGACGGUGACUAAAACUAAUGGGACGGUGAAUGGUCAAAAAGAGAUGGUCACUCCAGUGAUUCGGGCAAGCUUAGUAAAACAGGGGUAUAAAAUUAUUGGUUCACAUAGCGGUGUCAAAAUCUGUAGAUGGACAAAGUCACAGCUUAGAGGUAGAGGAGGUUGCUACAAGCACUCAUUUUAUGGCAUAGAAAGUCACAGGUGCAUGGAGACAACCCCUAGUUUGGCAUGCGCGAACAAAUGUGUUUUCUGUUGGAGGCAUCACACUAAUCCUGUUGGAAAGAGUUGGCAGUGGAAGAUGGAUGAUCCAUUAGAGAUUGUCAAUUCUGCCAUAGACCUGCACACAAAAAUGAUCAAACAAAUGAAAGGAGUUCCUGGUGUUACAUUGGAGCGAUUAACAGAGGGUCUCUCUCCCAGGCAUUGUGCCUUAUCACUUGUCGGUGAACCUAUCAUGUAUCCAGAGAUUAAUGCACUUGUAGAUGAGCUGCAUCGGAGACGGAUUUCUACGUUUCUAGUCACAAAUGCUCAGUUUCCUGAAAAGAUUAAAAUGCUGAAACCCAUUACACAGUUAUAUGUAAGUGUGGAUGCUGCAACUAAAGAGAGUUUGAAGGCAAUUGACAGGCCACUUUUUGGGGAUUUUUGGGAGCGAUUCAUUGAUUCCUUGAAAUCUCUCAAGGAAAAACAGCAACGAACUGUUUAUCGCUUAACUCUGGUGAAAGGGUGGAAUACAGAAGAUAUUGAUGCUUAUUAUAACAUCUUUAGCAUUGGAAAUCCUGAUUUUGUUGAAAUCAAAGGAGUUACAUAUUGUGGAUCGUCUGCUACAUCAAAGUUGACCAUGGAGAAUGUGCCAUGGCAUGCUGAUGUUAAGGCUUUUUCAGAGGCCUUAGCUUUGAAAAGUAACGGGGAAUAUGAGGUGGCAUGUGAGCAUGUCCACUCAUGUUGUGUUCUCCUGGCAAAAACGGACAAGUUCAAGAUCAAUGGCCAGUGGUUCACAUGGAUAGACUAUGAAAAGUUUCAUGAUCUGGUGUCCUCUGGAAGACCUUUUGACAGUAAGGAUUACAUGGCUGCCACACCUUCAUGGGCUGUUUAUGGUGCAGAGGAAGGUGGAUUUGAUCCGUAUCAGUCUCGAUACAAGAAGGAGCGUCAUCACAGAUCAAACCAGUGA